AUGCCUUAUCCGGAGCCCUUCAAGCUUGCGCCUGGCAUGAAGAAAGUUAUUCCGAUCAGCUUCCGGCCCUCGAAGUAUGUGCCGCACGUGGAUCGUGUGCAGAUAGUGACCAAAGGAGGCAGCUUCUUCGUGACCGUCAAGGCCGUGGUCAAGGACGUCGCGCUGUCUGUACCGCACUUUUUGGACUUUGGCCUCUGUCCCACCAUGGAGCGCUCGCAGCAGCAGAUUGAGGUGUACAACACCGGCACCCUCAAGGCGUCCAUGAAGUGGCACGCGAGGCCUCCCUUUACCGUGCGGUGCCCGGCCGCAGCCGUGGAGGUUGGCCAGUCGGUGCGAUGCACCAUCGAAUUUGAGCCGAAGACAGCAUCGGUCUUCGACGGCCUCAUCGCUUGUGAGGUGGCCUCAGGAGCAUCCAUAGCUGUGGAGGAGGACGACGAGAGCAGCGCUCGCUCACCGGAGGUGAAGCAGUAUGCUCUGCAGUGUACCGGCGUCGGAAAGAUGCCCCACCUCUGCGUGCCGGGCGGCGGGAGCCCCCUGGUCGAGUUUGGGGCGGUGUCGCCGGGCAAACGGGUCCCGCAAACGCUGGAGCUGAUGAACACGACACCGGUGCGCGCGGUGUUCAGAGUCCGGGCGAUGCUCGACCCGUCAGAGACCUCGCCGCUGCCUCCUUCGGCCUUUUGGGUGAGCCCCGAGUCCGGCGUCGUGGAGCCGAACUGUACUUUCUCGUUCACCUUCUACUUCCAGUCUCACACGGUGAAGGAGUACGCCUGCCAGCGUUUUCAAGUCAGCACGCCGGGGGGUACACCAUUGGUCGUCACAUGCAAAGCAUUCUGCCGGCCGAUUGACGUGCUCAUGUCGGCGAGGUCGAUCAACUUUGGCGAAGUGCCAAGCGGAAAGACCUAUUCGCGGACGCUCCAGCUUCACAACAAGAGCGAUCGACCGGCUCCCUACCACUUCGUGAAUGUGGAGCAGCGAGGCGUCUUCUGGGUGGACCGCCCUGUGGGAGUUAUCCCGCCCGACUCCUUCAUGGUGGUGACCGUCUUUUUUGGGCCGCUUUC